AGGUGCCCCCUGUGGGCCAAGGUUUUAUGCACGUCAGAUCCAUUCGGUGACCCUAGAGGUAGGACCAAGGGGAUGUCCCCGCUUUGUAGAAAUGGAGACUCAGAUUCUCAGCACUGACACGUUUACAGUCACCUGCUGGACAAACCCGAACUGAGCACCUACUGUGUGCCAAGCCCAGCCCUAGGCCCUGGGCUGGAGAGGGUGGUUGACAAAGAUGAAUGCGUCCUGUCCUGGCCCCUAGGAGACCGCGUGUUUGGUCCCUCUGCCCUUGGGACAACCCAGUGAUAGCCUCCCAGGUAGUGUCCCUGUCUUGCAGACGGGGCCCAGACCAGGCCCAGAGUGGCAGGCAUGUGGCCCAGGGUGGGUCCCUCAGCUCAGAUCUGGGUCUCGGGACCCCACCCUGGAUUUGCUGUUUGCCCCGCAGCCAGCCCCACCCAGACGAGGGCCACCCGCCGCCCCUCGAAGCUGUCCCGGUCCCCUGGAAGAGCGUGGGCCCCUGCAAAAGCCACAGGGAGUCCCCAAGAGGCCUGGCGGAGACCCCUGGAGGGGAGGAGGGCCCUGCAGCCGCCCAGCUGGACGUGUUGCGCCUGCGAAGCUCUUCCAUGGAGAUCCGGGAGAAGGGCUCAGAGUUCCUGAAGGAGGAGCUGCACAAAGCCCAGAAGGAGCUGAAGCUGAAGGAUGAAGAGUGUGAGCGGCUGUCCAAGGUGCGGGAGCAGCUAGAACGGGAGCUAGAGGAGCUGACGGCCAGCCUGUUCGAGAGCCUGCCUUCUCCCCAGGAAGCCCACAAGAUGGUGCGGGAAGCCAACAUGAAGCAGGCAGCGUCGGAAAAGCAGCUGAAGGAGGCGCGGGGCAAGAUCGACAUGCUGCAGGCAGAGGUGAGCGCCUUGAAGACACUGGUCCUCACAUCCACACCAGCCUCCCCCAACCGUGAGCUCCACCCACAGCUGCUGAGCCCCACCAAGGCCGGACCCCGCAAGGGCCACUUGCGUCAUAAGAGCACUGGCAGCACCCUCUGCCCCGCUGUGUGCCCCGCGGCUGGACAUACCCUCACCCUGGACAAGGAGGGCAAAGAGCCUGGGCUGCCCCCCCUCCUCUCCCUGCUCCUCUGCGUGGUCCCCAGCAAAGCUGUUCACCUCACCUACGAGCCAGCCUGGCAGCUCCUGUCUGGGGAGCCGCUCACGGCCCCCACCUCCGCUACCUCUUUCUCCUUUUCCCGACAGGUGGACACAACCCUGUUCGCAGAAUUCCAGGCCUGGCGGGAAUCGCCCACCCUGGACAAGACCUGCCCCUUCCUCGAAAGGGUGUACCGGGAGGACGUGGGCCCCUGUCUGGACUUCACCAUGCAGGAGCUCUCAGCGCUGGUCCGGGCCGCGGUGGAGGACAACACGCUCACCAUCGAGCCCGUGGCUUCGCAGUCGCUGCCCACCAUGACGGUGGCCACAGUUGAGUGUGGCAGCACCAAUACCUGUGCCCUGAGCGGGCUGGCUCGUGCCUGUCGCCACCGAAUCCGGCUUGGGGACUCUGAGAGCCACUACUACAUCUCGCCGUCCUCCCGGGCCAGGGCCUGCAUGUCUCUGCGUCGGGCAGAGCUGGGAUGGGAGACAAGAACCGUGUGAAGUUUUAGGAGGUGGUCCCCACCCUGAAGAGACCAAGGAAUGUGGCAUCCAUAGGGAGAAGAGGUUUCUGUCCCCAAAGCACGGCCCUGGGGAGAGAACCCCACUGCUCCCUGCCUCUCCUUGCUCGCCAGCCUCCCGUGGGGGCCCACUGGCCACCUCACCACAGCCCCUCCUGAGCCACACCGGCUUAGUCCCCUCUGGGGCACCCCUCUCUCACGCUUGCCUGGGCCACCAACCCCCUGCACCCACUUUGUCCUCCUGGCUGGAAAGGAUUCCUCUGUGUUUGAGGGCCCCCCCGGAACUCUGGACCCCGUGGGCCCCCACACACUUGGCGUCCCUCCCCCCGGGGCACUGGACAUUGAGUGGGUGCUUUUGGGGCACAGCUGCCGGCCACCUUGUGCCCUGUCUCUGGCUGGGCUCCCUAAAAGCUGAGCCUAAGAUGAGGAUUUUAUGCCAUUCUUAGGAGGACUGAGGAAAGCAGAAUGGCGGGGUGUGGCUUCAGCUGGAGUCUGGCUGCAACCUGAUCCACGGGGGCUCUGGAGCCCAGGGUGGGUUCCACCCGGAGGCAAGGGGGGCUGGCCUUUUAUACACCGCAUGCCGGCCAGCCCCCAGCCAUACCCCCCUGGCUGUGGUAUGCAGGGCUAGGGGGGACAGAGGGGCACCCAUGAGCCCUUGGUGGCCAACACUCUCAGCCAUGGGGAGAGGGGCCCCAGCCUGGGGAAGGGGCCUGGGCAGGGUACCAGCAGCACCCUCUCUGCAGAGGAGAGUAGAAGGGCCCACGUCUGAGCCAACUUGGGGUCCGCGGUGCCCAGCAUAGGGCAUACGGAGCAGGCCUCAGGCCAGGCUGGGGGCUUCAGGCCUGGGGAUCCAGGGCAGCCCCAGUGAGCAGCUUCUGAUCCCCCUGCCUAUCCUGGCAUUACCAGGAGCACUGGGCCAAGGCCUGGUUGGCCAGGGCCUCCAGCACGCAGAGCAGGCAGGCCCCUCAGGAUGAGCGUGGAUUCAAGGGCAGGCCGCCUGGUUUCACCUUCCAGUUCAGCCACUUACUGUCUCUGUGGGCUCUGUAAUUGUUGUCUGGUGGCUUUGUUCUUGGAGUCUCUGUUUUCCCCAUGUGUAAAAUGGGAAUAAUAAGCAUGUCUGCUUCACUGGAUGCAUGUGCUGGAUUAAAUGUUAGCUGCUGCUGUUGUUUUUAUUGGGAGUAGUACUAACACCACCGUUGGUAAUUAAAUUUUAUUUUAUUUAUAUAUAUAUUUUAAA